AUGUUAAUCAGUGGUUCCAAUUCUCUUUAUACAUCAUCAUCAUCAUCAUCAUCAUCAUCAUCAUCAUCAUCAUCAUCAUCAUCAUCAUCAUCAUCAUCAUCAUCAUCAUCAUCAUCAUCAUCAUCAUCAUCAUCAUCAUCAUCAUCAUCAUCAUCAUCAUCAUCAUCAUCAUCAUCAUCAUCAUCAUCAUCAUCAUCAUCAUCAUCAUCAUCAUCAUCAUCAUCAUCAUCAUCAUCAUCAUCAUCAUCAUCAUCAUCAUCAUCAUCAUCAUCAUCAUCAUCAUCAUCAUCAUCAUCAUCAUCAUCAUCAUCAUCAUCAUCAUCAUCAUCAUCAUCAUCAUCAUCAUCAUCAUCAUCAUCAUCAUCAUCAUCAUCAUCAUCAUCAUCAUCAUCAUCAUCAUCAUCAUCAUCAUCAUCAUCAUCAUCAUCAUCAUCAUCAUCAUCAUCAUCAUCAUCAUCAUCAUCAUCAUCAUCAUCAUCAUCAUCAUCAUCAUCAUCAUCAUCAUCAUCAUCAUCAUCAUCAUCAUCAUCAUCAUCAUCAUCAUCAUCAUCAUCAUCAUCAUCAUCAUCAUCAUCAUCAUCAUCAUCAUCAUCAUCAUCAUCAUCAUCAUCAUCAUCAUCAUCAUCAUCAUCAUCAUCAUCAUCAUCAUCAUCAUCAUCAUCAUCAUCAUCAUCAUCAUCAUCAUCAUCAUCAUCAUCAUCAUCAUCAUCAUCAUCAUCAUCAUCAUCAUCAUCAUCAUCAUCAUCAUCAUCAUCAUCAUCAUCAUCAUCAUCAUCAUCAUCAUCAUCAUCAUCAUCAUCAUCAUCAUCAUCAUCAUCAUCAUCAUCAUCAUCAUCAUCAUCAUCAUCAUCAUCAUCAUCAUCAUCAUCAUCAUCAUCAUCAUCAUCAUCAUCAUCAUCAUCAUCAUCAUCAUCAUCAUCAUCAUCAUCAUCAUCAUCAUCAUCAUCAUCAUCAUCAUCAUCAUCAUCAUCAUCAUCAUCAUCAUCAUCAUCAUCAUCAUCAUCAUCAUCAUCAUCAUCAUCAUCAUCAUCAUCAUCAUCAUCAUCAUCAUCAUCAUCAUCAUCAUCAUCAUCAUCAUCAUCAUCAUCAUCAUCAUCAUCAUCAUCAUCAUCAUCAUCAUCAUCAUCAUCAUCAUCAUCAUCAUCAUCAUCAUCAUCAUCAUCAUCAUCAUCAUCAUCAUCAUCAUCAUCAUCAUCAUCAUCAUCAUCAUCAUCAUCAUCAUCAUCAUCAUCAUCAUCAUCAUCAUCAUCAUCAUCAUCAUCAUCAUCAUCAUCAUCAUCAUCAUCAUCAUCAUCAUCAUCAUCAUCAUCAUCAUCAUCAUCAUCAUCAUCAUCAUCAUCAUCAUCAUCAUCAUCAUCAUCAUCAUCAUCAUCAUCAUCAUCAUCAUCAUCAUCAUCAUCAUCAUCAUCAUCAUCAUCAUCAUCAUCAUCAUCAUCAUCAUCAUCAUCAUCAUCAUCAUCAUCAUCAUCAUCAUCAUCAUCAUCAUCAUCAUCAUCAUCAUCAUCAUCAUCAUCAUCAUCAUCAUCAUCAUCAUCAUCAUCAUCAUCAUCAUCAUCAUCAUCAUCAUCAUCAUCAUCAUCAUCAUCAUCAUCAUCAUAA